AUACAUCGUUAUCGUGAGUACCGCACUUUAAAUUGAUGAUGAAUACCGAGUCUUACAAUUUACUUCCCAACUCUCACCUCCACUACCAAUGGCUCUAGAGCAGGUUAGCUCCCAGUGGCUGCAUUCAGAAACGAAGGCAGAUGACUCGAUCAAAGUCGAUGUUACCGACGACGUGGAUUUUGUUGCUUAUUACGAGCAGGCUUCUGGCCGUUUAGUAGUGGACCCCCAACAGGCAAAGGUCGAGUUUGGGGAGGUAAUGGCCUCUAGGCUCAAGCUUAGCCCUGAUGGACUGAAGGUUCUCUGGCCUCAACCCGCCGACGACCCGAACGACCCACAAAACUGGACCGAUUUUCGCAAGACUGUGCACCUGAUCAUCAUUACAAUGUCUGCAGUGGUACCUGACUUCGACUCUGGAAUUGGAACUGCGUCGAUAUUUGGCCUCGCUCAAACUUAUGACACGACCUCGGGUGUCAUCAAUGAUCUGACAUCAAACUGGAGCGUCUUCCUUUUGGGUUGGGGAGGCAUCUUCUGGGUCAUGCUCAUGAGACGGUAUGGUCGGCUGCCAGUACUCUUCUGGAGUCAGCUUUUUGCGUUUGCAUUCUUGAUUGGUGCCACAUUGGCGCCGAAUCUAGCCACCUUUGCAGGGAUGCGUUGCUUGACCGCAUUCUUUGGAACGUGUCCCCAGGUGACAGGUCUUUAUGUCGUGACGGAUAUCUUCCCCUUCCAUCUUCAAGCACGGAAGCUGAACAUCUGGACUUCGGGUUUCGUUCUAUCGCCUUACCUAUCGCCAUUUGUAUUUGGCUUUCUUGUAGCGCGUGUGAGCUGGAGAUGGGCCUAUGCUAUAGGAUCUAUUUACAGCGCCGUCGUAUUAUUUCUCAUUGUGUUUCUCAUGGAAGAAACUAUGUAUGAUCGUCACCUUGCAUCGAAACCACUGCAAAUUUCUACGAGACUGCGAUAUCGAUUUAAAACUUUGAUAGGCGUCACUGGGUACAAGAUGGCAAAAUACAGGCCACGAUGGCCGGAAGUUCUAUUGGCAUCUUUGGAUGUUGUUUGGCGUCCUCAGUUUUUCUUCGUAGUUCUCUUUGAGGCAUUGGUUUUCGGGUUCUCGAUCGGUGUGAAUGCGACAAAUGUUAUCUUCAUGAAAUCUCCUCCUCCCAUCGGAUUUGGCUUUAGCCAAUAUGCCGUGGCUGGAGCGUAUGCGACUCCAAUUGUCGCUGUCCUUCUUGGCGAGUUCAUUGGACGUUACGUCAAUGAAUUCAUUAUGGAUCUGCAUAUUCGCAAAAACGGUGGUUUCUUUGAGGCCGAGAGCCGCUUGUGGACCUGUUACUUAGCCAUGCCGCUUUAUAUCUGUGGCUUUUUGACGCUGGGUGCUGGGAUACAAAAUCUCAGCGAAGCCGCUCUCAUCAUGGGCUGGGGCAUUGCGAUCGUUGCAAUCACCCUCAACACUGUUGUAGUGUAUGCAUAUUGUAAUGACUGCUUCCCUAGUAGGGCGGGCGAAGUCAGUGCCCUGCUAAACCUUGCAAGGGCAUUGGGCGGUUUCGCAAUCGCAUAUUUCCAAGUCCCAUGGGCUACAAAAUCUGGAGGAUUGAUGGUGUUUGGUGUUGAAACAGCGCAAGUGAUAUCGCUUGACACACUCGAAGAGUCUGACGGUUGUUAUAGGCUUGUGAUUGGCAUGUUUUUUAUCGCCGUUCCUAUGACACAACUGAAGGGAAGCUACUUCCGAGACACGUCCGAUGCUGCCGGAUUGGCGCUCAUAAUCCAAAUGGAAAGAAUGCGCGUGGCGGAAGUUAUAGCUGCCAGAGACACCGUUGUCGAACGCCUCGAAGACGCUUACGUAUCUGUUCGACAAAAGUCAGCAACGAUUGAUCGACUUCAGCGUGAGCUAGACGAUCUGAGGCGCCCUUCUACCCCUGCGACAUCUGUAGCGAGGGAUGAUGAUUCAUCUACGCAGCUUCCGGUGCAAGACAUUGCCACGUCAUUCGAUAUCCCACAACCAGCUCCGAAAGAAGGGGACGGUGAUUGUCAGAAUACAUUCGCUCAGGUCUUGCCUUGGCAGGUGCCUCUUAACACUCCGAACAGACCUGGAUCUACAGGCUUGCCUCCAACGCCACUGCUAGAUUCCCGCCUAGGAAGCCGGUGUGAUUCCAAUUUUUUCAGCCCGUCUUUUCAAUCAAACCAUUGCGCACGUCUUAAAAAUUCUUUCGAUUCACCUCGCUCUGAAACUGUCGACUUCGACCAUCCGAAUAUUGUCGAACCACUUCCGCUCGGCGAUGGACCUGAGAAAUCGAUUCUCGCAAGACAAGCAUUUCUUGCGACGCUUCCUCUCCCUGCUGACAUCCCAGACGACGCUCUAAAUCCAAUUGUCAUUCCUCAGCCAUACACCUUGCAUGAGUUCUUGGGCAAUACUUCUGGUACUCUCAAAAGCUCCCUGUCAAACUAUCGUGUCCUCGGCCAACUGACAACAUACUGGUGCCCAGAGCGCGAAGAACACGGAUAUUUGCUUACCCCCGUUUUCAAAUGUAGCACCAAUCCCCGAGUAACAACAGCACAUCGAUGGAAUGUGGCGGAUGUGAUCGGCACUAUGGACAGGCCUACUGAGUGCUUCUACAACAAGGACGGGAAGUGGUACUACGCUGGGGUAUACAAGGCUUUUCGCAUGGACGAUCUAACCACGGAAGAGUGGGAGGCUCUUUCAAUCGAGACGACGCAAACUCUUAUCAAGGAGACUCUAGCUGGCCGAAAGAACCUCUCGCCCCAGAACCUCUACGAGACUGGACAGUUGUAUGCUGUUGGUGCCCUUCGUGUUGCGUGUGUCGGACUGCAGUGUGUAGGAUUCAGCUCUGCGAUGUAUCGCGCGGUCUUGGAACAAGCAGCUCUAGGGAAAUGGCGCGGAAUAGGCUGGUCGGUACCCACCAGGAAAUCGUCCAAUGACACAACAAUUGAAGGCGAUGGAAUACUUGGACCUUGA